CACUUUGCACUUACCAGGUGAAAGUAAAACUAUCGGGACUCUGUUCCUUUCCAAGUUUCACUGGGUUCUGCUGCUACUUUCAGAAACCCUAGAAAACAAAAUUUCUAGGGUUUUUGUUCAAUUUGGGGUUUUAAUUUUGGGGCUUUUUGAAAUUCAGUGCAAUUAGGGUUUUCUUUAAGUUGACUUGUGAUGGAUAUCGAUAAAGCUAAGCUAUUUGUGGGAGGUAUAUCUCGGGAGACAAGUGAAGACGCUCUCAGAGCUCACUUCGGUAAGUAUGGGACAGUUUUAGGUUCUCUGGUUGCUAAGGACAAGAACACCAAAAGUCCUAGAGGAUUCGGCUUUGUUUGGUUUUCUGAUCCUACCUUCGCCGAUAAGGCACUUCAAGACUCUCAUGUAAUACUAGGAAGAACGGUAGAAGUGAAGAAAGCUAUACUCAGGGGUCAACAGCUGCAGUUCCAACAGCAUCUUCAGCAGCACCAACUUCCCAACCAUCAAAUGAAUAGUGGGUUCAAUGAGAAUAGUAGUACUGGUAAUGGCAAUGAUAAUUUUAGGACUAAAAAGAUCUUUGUAGGGGGUUUGUCAUCUAGUCUAACCGAGGAACAAUUUAAGAAUUACUUCGAGAGAUUUGGCGAGAUAGUAGAUGUAGUUGUGAUGCAAGAUAGCUCAACCAACAGGCCAAGGGGUUUUGGUUUUGUCACGUUUGAUUCUGAAGAAUCCGUUGAUAAGGUAAUGCUAAACACUUUUCAUGAGCUAAAUGGUAGGCUUGUAGAGGUCAAAAGGGCUGUGCCAAAAGGUGGACUUAAUGGUAGUAACAAUAGAUAUAUCACAAAAGGUGGUGUAAGGGGGUCUUCUGUGAAGAGUUUUCAAUCUGGAAAUUACCUUCCCUAUAGUCCUGGAUAUGAAAUUUUCCCAGGUUAUGUUCCUCUUCCAGGAUAUGGUGGUGUUGGAGGGUAUCUUUAUGGGACAGGCGUCUAUGGUGGUUACCCUAUGGUAGGUUAUGGAAGGCCUGGCUUUGGGGUUACAACAGUUGCCCCUAGGAUCUCAUGGAAUGGCCCUGUAAUGAUUGGAGCCACAAUGUACCCUUCACCUUAUAGCAAUGCCUUUUCUUAUCCAACUCACAUGAACGGUGGUGUUGGUUUCAUGGGUAUGAUGAUGGGUGGGCACAGUGGGAUUGCUGGGUCAAGUGGUAAUGGAAAACCUAAUGAGGUGUCUUGUAGUAAUGGUCGUCUGCUACCUGAAGCUUCACUGCCUCCAACUGGCAACAUUAAGUCAGGAGUUGAUUGUUCAGGCCUGAAGAGUAGUAGUGGUGGUGCUUCCAGCUAACAUAAUUGACUAGGUUUUAUGGACAGCUGAAGUCUUUACCUUUAGGUAGUUCUAGCUGACUACCCUACCCUGUACACAUUCUUAAUGGACAUUGAAGGUUUAGGAAAUUCUUUCACUGAUUGGGCUAGGGCAACUAUCACUGUUCAGAUGUCUGUUUUACAUGUGCCAAUUCAAUUCCGUAAACAUGUGCUUGCUGUGUGUCUUCUCUAGUUUGAAUCAUCUGUAAAUAUGUGAUUCAGUCAUCUAUAACAUAAAUGCUUUUAAAUCCAACUUUUCUCUAUGUUUUUUAA